UUCGUUUGUAAAAAGCCUGUGUCCAUUGUUACCAAGAGACUUAGAGACCCUGAUGUAAAUCCUUGUUUAUUGGAGUCAGAUGCUUCUACCAGAUGUAUGGAUGAAAAUAAUUAUGACAGAGAAAUGUGCACCACUUGCUUCUUGAAGUAUAAAAACUGCAGGAAAUUUUGGAAUGCCAUUAUGAUUGAAAGACGACGAAAUGAAGUUAAACCACAUAUGCCCACAGCUGCAGAAAGAGAAAAAAUCUUGGGAGAAAUGGGAAAGAUGCCCUAUUAAAGGAUUAUAUACAACAACAACAAAAACAAAAAAAAAAAG